AUGUCGAAACUCUCCAGUGGCCUUAAGUCUCUCAUCAACUCCCCUGCUGCGCGACCCAAGACAACUCCCGCCCCUCCGCAAAUCGAUUCCCUCUACCAUAAGGUCCGACAGCAUGCGCAAUCCAAAGGCCUUUCUCAAUCGUCAUGGCUUGCUCUCUCGACGGCUGCCACGAUGACCAUGAAUUCCCCCGAAUCCCUACACUCCCUCUUCAACGUCGCCACUGCCGGGGCCUCGGAACACAACAGUGUCGAAACCGUCGAGUUCAUGCGCGAAGUCGGUCUAAAAUGCAUCAGUUUCAAUGGCAUUCCCCGUACCAUCAACUGCCUCGUUGAUUUCAAGUCAAAUCUGCCAAGCUCUAUUACUGACCGGCUUUCGUCCACGCCGACGCGCGGUCCCGAUUCGCACAAUAUUGAUGGAAUCAGCGCUCGUGGGAAAGGCCUUUGGGACUCUAUCUACCGACCCUUUGAGACAAAACUAUAUCGCAAGCUAGGUGACGCACAUCCGGAUCUUCCCGUGCACAUCCUCCACUUCAACUACGGGGCCCUGCUGUCCGAUCCGCAACGUUCAACGGGGGCGAAUGUAGGCCGGUUGGCGACGUCUAUCGUGGCAAUUGCGUGUUUGCGCGCACAGACGGGUGUCGGGCCACAGGUGCUAUCACAUGUUUUCGGGCUGCGGAAGGCCGUCGAGGACUCCACGUGGGUACAUGACGUCGAGAGCGAGGAGGCGGCCAAAUGGUUGGCGAGCGAGGAGGGAAAUACGUGGAUCCUAAACAGCGUCGAUGAUAUUGUUAAGGCAAUUGGGACGGGCGAGGGGUCGAAUUUCGCUCCAGCUAGAGAGUCGAAGCUGUAA